UGGACAUAAGGACUACUAGCUCUAAACUCAAACAAUUUAUCGUGGUUAGGUUGACGUUUUAAGAAAGUAUUUGAAUAAAAAUAUGUGUAGCUUAAAAUUUUGAGUACUUAUCCUCUCCGGAACUAAGAUCACCCUUUUGAAGCAACAUUUAACUGUGUUUUUCUAAAAAGAUAGUAAUGACAAUGUCUGAAGGUCAGCUAAGUACUCUUCAAGAAGAAGCUUUAAAGAGAAAGGAACGAUUAAAAGCACUAAAAAGAAAACGAGAAAGUGAAAAUAACAAUGACAAACAAUCAGAAGGACAAUUUUUAAAUUUACCAAAGCCGAAAUUUAGAAGCUACAAACCUCAAGACGAAGAACUACAAAAAAAUGCACUUCCCCUGAUAGUUCCUGACUCUGUGGAGGAUGAAAUUAAAGAACAAUUACAGUCUUCAAAUGCAAAAGUUGUUAUAGAUGAACUUGACAUUACUAGUUUAGCUCCUAGAAAACCUGACUGGGAUUUAAAACGAGAUGUGGCAAAAAAAUUGGAAAAACUAGAAAGAAGAACUCAAAAAGCUAUAGCAGAACUGAUAAGAGAACGUUUAAAAAAAAGACAAGCUGAUUUAGCAACUAUUGCAACUUCAGAACCUGCGCAACCCGAGUAAUUUUUGUAGACAUAAGAAGUAAUAUAUGUUUUUGUAAGGAAUAGUUUUUUUAAUAAAGUACCUUUAAAUAUUUA